AUGGAUUCCAUGAAAUCUUUAAAUACUUCGCUCCCUUCAUCAUCCUCAAGACCUCCACCUCCGGAACAGCUCCUACAAGCCUUCCGUAGCGCCGCUCUCUCCGUCACCAACCUCUACAAGUCAGCUGUCACAGAUCAAAGUAACAGUCGACAAGCAGGUUAUCAAGAGGCUCUCGAAGAUCUACUCAGUUUUCUUGAUCGUGAGAAUCUCGGCCUGCAGGACGGGGAGGGAUGGAGGGUCAGACAAUGGGCUACAGAGCGAUAUGAUGGCUCAGCACACCAACAACAAGCCGAUAGUGACGAUGAGAGGGUUGAAAUUGAGACCAGACAAAGGAGUCCAUCAGCUUCGCGAGCCGAAUCUCCUGAACAAACCCGAACGCAAUCUGAACCUCCAAAACUGGAAUCUGUGCGAACUGCGUCGGGCGACGAUACACACCCCUCCGCAGUUCGCAGCCUUGCACCGCCUACACCACUAUUUCGCUUCACUGGUCAAUCAUCAUCAACACCCGAAGACAUGCAGACAGACGACGCCUCGAGCACAGUGGACGAGAACCAGACUUCUUCCAGCAGCCUUGGUGGACCACUCCGCCUAGAAGUCGUCAACAAUCGCAACGUUCGACCACCACACAGGCAUAGCAAUCAGCGAAAUGGCUCAAAAAGCACUGGACGAGAAUUCACAUUUACGGCUGGUACGAAACGCAAACUACAAUUUCCCGACUUUUUCGACAUAUCAAAUAUUGGUCCGCGAGAUGGCCCUGGAAGCAGCAAACGCGGGCGAAUGUCGUGA